UUGCAAGUGGCUGGUGCAGCCCCUAACACGGCAUGAGCCACCCCGGUGCCACCAGCCACCCAGGAGCUGUGUGAUGGCAAUCCCACGGGAUGCACCGCAGUGUCAAGCCGAGUCCUGGCACUCAGAGGCACGGCUCAGGACAGGAUUUGACCACCCACCCCCCAGAGCCCCCUGGUCGCCCCGCUCGGCAGGGAACUGGCACAUCCCACAUGCGGCUGCUGCAGAGAUUAGCUGCUGACACUUAAAACGUGCUGUGAUGCCUGGGGAGUGACUUGCAGAAGGACAGAGCCCUGGGAGAGCAGUAAUGGGACUCUACCUACUCACUCACCAACUGCUCGUGACGAGAGGGCCCAGGCCAGGCAGUCAGAGCAUGUACCUCUCCCACCUUUGGGGUUUGCCAUAAUUGGGGCGCAUCUCUGCGCUUCCUCCUGCUUUUUUGGCUGAUGGGAAGCCUGGAAGGACACAUGUCCUUGUCCCCUGCAAUGGGCUGCAGAUUGGGGCUGGCAUGGAGUGAUGGUCCUGGUGGGUUUUCUGGCAGUGAGGCCUCACAGUGGGAUGAAACGUGCUCCUCUUGUUUGUCUGACCCUCAGGUCAAGGACGAGGACAAAUCUUUAGCUGUGAAAAGACCCGUGAAGGAGGACGGGCCUGUAAGUGUCGCAGGGCAUGGGCAGGGUGUUGGGGAUGGGGCUCUCCCUUGGUGGGAACAGACCCCAUGCCAGGGCUUGGGGACACUGUGGAGGAUCGUGGGCUCAGUGAUGCCCUGAGCACGGAGUUUUACCCCUGCACUGGCAACCUGAGGGUUGAUGGGUCCCUGUGUGUGGGGAUGGUAGGUUGUCACUGCUCCCUGCCCUGGGGUCUGGUGGGGGGCUGUAGGUUGGCUGGGGAAGGGGACUGGGAGCUGUGUCCCUCAGUGCCGGGGUCUGGCCAGGAGCUGUGCUCCGUGGCAGGGCACAGAGCCUUGGGCACCGUGAUGUCCCAAGCAGAGGGUCCAUGGCUGGACCUCCACUCACACCGGUGUCAUUGUGGCUGCAGUCAGAGAGCCCGAAGGAUGUGGCAUCUACACCCCUGAAACCUGAGCCCCCGAAACCUGAACCCCCAAAAUCUGAGCCCUCAAAACCUGAGCCUGCAAAGAGCCCCGAGCCACCUCCUGGGAAAGGGAAGAGCCCAGAGCCGGUGCUGAAUGGGGCGGCCGUGAAUGGGCUGGAGGGCCCCGCUGCCGAGGCACAGGAGAACGAUGGCCAGGGGCUGUCCCACCGCAGAAUGGUCCGAGUGGUGCGCAAGGUGGUGCGCAAAGUCCUGCCAGGGGAGGACACUGGCAGUGCCAAGGAACCAGGGCAAGAUGCCAAGUCUCCCGAGCCAGUGCCACCCCCCAGGAAGGAGGAGACAGGCCGUGCUGGAGUCCCGGCUCCCCCGGCCCCGCCGCCUCCCCCCGCCGUGGUGCCGGCAGCCCCCGCCAAGCCAGAACCCAAGGAUGAGAUCUCAGCAGGGCUCAAAACCCUCAUGGCAAAGGGCAAAACCAAGGAGCACCGGCCGCGGCUCCGGCCGGGGGACAGGCAGGAGAAGUCCCCCGAGCCGGCCGGUGGGGACGCAAAGCCGUCCCUGUCCCCGGGCACUGAAGCCAAGCCAGAGCCGCUGGUGCAGCCUUCGGGAGGGAAAGCGGAGCCGGCAAAGGCAUCUGCUCUGAAACCCACCGCCCUGGAGAGGCACAAGGUACCGGUGUGUGCACGGCAGGGGAUGCUCUAACCCGGCAGCGGGUUGUGCCCCCAGCUCAGCAUGGUGUGAGCUCACCUGCAUGGUUUGCAGUGGUUUUGGGGUGUGUGGUGUGGGUGGGGGGUCACUUUUUUGGGACAAUGGUGUGUGCUGUGGCAACCCCAUCACGCUGGCCCUUGUCUCC